GAAAAUUUACUUCCUGAAACUGAGUUGGGAGAUGACGAUAUUUUGAUUUCAUGAUAGAGCCAAGUUAUGAGUGCAGAAGACCCAAACCCAGCCGCCACACCCACUCCCUGUCAGGACACCCAGGGAGAUGGACGAUGGAUGUCACUGCACAACCGCUUUGUGUCUGACAGCAAAGACAAAGAACCCGAUGUCCUGUUUGUUGGAGACUCUCUUAUUCAGCUCAUGCACCAGUUUGGGAUAUGGCGGCAACUGUUCUCUCCUCUUCAUGCCCUAAAUUUUGGGGUGGGUGGUGAUGCAACACAACAUGUGCUGUGGAGACUGAGCAACGGCGAACUGGAUAACAUCAGCCCAAAGGUUGUAGUGCUGUGGGUGGGGACCAACAAUCAUGGUCACACUCCUGAGCAGAUCUGUGGAGGCAUCAUGGCUAUUGUCCAAGUUAUCAAGAACAAGCUCACCCAUGCCCACACACUUGUACUUGGUAUUCUGCCCAGAGGUAAAUCGCCCAACCCCCUGCGAGAGCGAAAUGCCAAGGUGAACAAGCUAGUCCAGGAGGCUGUGUCAUCCCUUCCCCACGCCUCUUUCCUCAACGUAGACCCAGGCUUCGUCCACUCCAAUGGUAGCAUCUCCCACCAGGAUAUGUAUGAUUACCUUCACCUGACCCCUCAGGGCUACCAGUCUGUGUGCGAACCCCUGCACACUCAUCUCAAGUCCAUGCUAGAUAAGCCUGCUGAGAACUGAGUAACCAGGGAACAAACUUAACACUACUACAGUGGUCCUCCUCCCUGUUUACGGAGAGCAUUACACUCUGCCGUUAGCUUAUUAAAACCUUGAAUGAUGGAUAGAAUCAAUUUUAAGGGCUAAGAGCUGCACAAUUUAUUUGUCCUCUCCAUUGCCAGGGUAGAGGACCACUGUUACAUAAUGGGACCAUAAAGUUUUGUGUUUAUGAUGCAGUCAGAUAUUAAAUGUGCUGUGCUAUAGAGAGACAAAGUCCCAGUAAGCAUAUCCUACUCUAGCUUCCACUUGUGUUUUUCCAAAGAAGGAUUAUUUCAUUUCUCUGCCACAUGAUACAAGGGUUGAAUAUGAUAAGGGGAACUCUGCGCAUCAUCCAGGAGUUCAGAGCCAGCGGCUCAACAGACAAGAUAAUGAUGUGACAGCUAAAGGGAUGAUGCCUGCAGCACAUAGUUAUAUGUGGAUCAGUCCAGUUGUCCAGUAUGCUUUUAUAAAGAUGCAGCAACCUCAUACUCUAAUGAAAACAUGCUUUAAGUGAAAACAUUACUUGCUGCACUUCAUUAGAAGCUUUAUUUAUUACUGUGUGCUCCAGAUUUCAUCACUUCAGUUGAUACCAGGGUUUUCUGUCCAUAUUUUAUGCUAAAUGGGUAUCUUCAACUUUAGUUUGAGCACUUCAUCAUUUUUAACAAGACAAAAAACACCUAUUUUGUUAUCAUUGAGCAUUUGUUAUCACAAGUCUUUCAAAGCUGAAUUUACUUCAGAACAAUGAUGGAGGUAUAUGUUUCAGGACUGUAUAAAGAAACUCUGGUUAUCAAAAUAUAUUUUGGCUGAGGCUAUUGGAACAAAAACUAGCUGGAAAAUGUCGUGGGACUUUGGCUCAGUAGGUGCAGGAAAUGUCUGGUAAAAACAAAAAUACAAGUUACAACUUGCCCUCACUAGAAAAAAGCUGUAAUUUAUCAUUUUGCUUUAUCAGUUUCACUGAGGUAACAUUUAUUUGGCAACAGCUUUAUUUACUCUGUUGUGAUGUCUGACGCCUUUUGUACAUUCAUUAAAAUGACCAAAUGUUUUGAUUUUGUUUGUCUAAGCAUGGCAAUCAAAUGGCCAUUGCGGUCUACUUUUUUUUUUCUUUUUUUAUCAUGUCUUAUGUUAUUUCAUUAUGGUACUGUAAUACCCCUUUGCUUCAUCUAUUGUAAUAGCAUCAGAUUUGGAUGUGAGAGGCUCUGUUUUGUUGCAAAUAUAUAUGUAUUUGUGUAGGCUGUGAACUUGUAAGGAUACAUCUUGUGCAUAGCUGCUUUGCUUCAGGAUCACUCAAGAUAAUGGCCCAUUAGACAGUUUAAAAGGCUUUACUUCACACUAAAAUGCUUCUGAGCCACUUGGAUAAACAUUGUGCUGCAGAACUUGAAUUGAGCUUCAGGGUGGCUGAUCCUGUAACUGAUGAAAGAAUGCAUUAAACAUGAAA